UGCGCAGACCAUGUGUCAUUGGGCGCGCGCAACUGCAUGCGAGUGUGUCGUCGAUUUUAGACUGAAGUACUGCUUUCAGUGACAUAUCUGGAACGUGUGGCUAUCCCAUACCGAUGGGCUAAAGUCUGUCGCGUUGUUGUCGCUUAAAUAACUGGCAUUAUAUUGUUUUAAGUAGCAUAGAUUAUUAGCUCACCGUCAGCCUCAGCAAGAAAGGAUUAAAUUUGGAAAGCAACAGGCAAGUUUAACGCUAAAAACCGCGAUCCGUACUUGAAUAUUGGUGGGAUUAUGUGCGAACAACAUUAAGAGACUGCGAGACAUUGUUAUGCAUGAACAAGCAGACGUAGUCAUGAGAUGUGUGUAAGAGCUGGCACUGCACAUUUUACAGAAUAUUUACAAAUUACAAUGUGCAGUACAUUAAGGUAGUACUUUUUAAUCAUUGACGGUGUUGGAAGUUGGACAAAGGUGAAUGCUUACACACAGAAAAUGUCAGCUUGUAGCUGUUUAACACAUUGCUGUAUCAUUCUGAAUGUGUCCUCUCAGCCCCCAGUAAUAGUUAACAUGACGCAUGCCUUAGGAUUUACUGGCUUGUGCAUUCGCUUGGUUGUUACCGGUCUGUGAACACUGCUAAGCCUUCAGCUAUUAACUUUGAGGAUCAACAUACCUUUUGUAUUUAAUACAUCAUUAAAUAGUUCAGCUUUACAGCAUCAUUAUUGUUGUAACAUGGUGGAAGUGGUGGAAGUAACAUGCGAUGAAAGAACUGAGGAUGUUAAGGAGGUCAUGAAGACUGAUGGCAUUGGACACAUUGUGGAAAAUGUGGCUCCAGAGCCGGUCAUCCAUGAAACCAAGGAAGAUCCGGAAACCCAAACGCAGAAGACCAGAACCUGGAUAUGGUCCGUAGUUUAUCUUUGUUUCUAUGGCUUCAUGGUGCAGCUGAAGCCUGGAGAGCCGUUUAUCACACCAUACCUGCUCAGUACAGAGAAGAACUUCACUAGUAAACAGGUCACCAAUGAAAUCAGCCCAGUCCUCACAUAUUCCUAUAUGGCCGUGCUGGUGCCUGUCUUUCUGCUGACAGAUUACCUACGAUACAAACCUGUGCUGAUCCUUCAGAGCUUGAGUCAUGUUUCCAUUUGGCUCAUUCUGCUUUUGGGAGCCUCAUUGCUGGAGAUGCAGUUUAUGGAGUUCUUUUAUGGCAUCACCAUGGCUGCCCGUGUGGCGUACUCCUCAUACAUUUUCUCACUAGUACCAGCGAAUGUUUACCAGCGUGUAGCCAGCUAUUCCCGCUCAUCUGUGCUCAUGGGAGUCUUCACGAGCUCUGUGCUGGGUCAGAUAUGUGUGUCACUAGGAGGUGUAUCAUACAGGACGUUAAGUGCAGUCUCUCUGGGCUUUGUCACUUUCGGGUUACUCCUGUCCUUCUGCCUGCCUUGGCCCAAACGUAGCUUGUUUUUCAACCAAGCCCGUCUGGAAGAGGAAAGGAAGGAAGCAGCUCAAUCGGAAUUAGCCAGAAUGAAGCCUGAGGAGAAUGAUGGCAGUGUGGCAGCACAAAGCAGUAACCACAAAUCCCCAUCCUGGACAAAUUCAGUGUUUGUUCAGAUGCUGAAGGAGUUAAAACAUGUAGUGAAAGUUCCCAGUUUAAGGCUUUGGAGCUUGUGGUGGGUGUUCAAUUCCACUGGUUACUAUUUAGUACUAUUUUAUGUGCACAUCCUGUGGAAUAAAGUCUACCCUGUCACAGAGAACAAACAUGUUUACAACGGAGCGGUUGAAGCUGCCUCUACCUUAUUAGGCGCAAUCACAUCGUUUGCGGCAGGCUAUGUGAAAAUUCGAUGGAAUCUUUGGUCUGAACUUGUGAUAGGAUUGAUCACUGCAGCACAGGCCGGUCUACUGCUUCUCAUGGGCAUCACUGAUAACAUCUGGGUUUGCUAUGUGGCAUAUGCCCUUUUCAGAGGCUUCUACCAGUUCCUGGUGCCAAUCGCUAUUUUCCAGAUUGCCUCCGCUCUCACUAAAGAACUGUGUGCUUUAGUGUUUGGAGUAAACACUUUUCUUGGAACAGUCCUGAAAACGAUCAUCACUAUCAUUGUGGCAGAUAAGAGGGGAUUGGCUUUGAAUGUUCAGUCUCAGUUUUUUAUUUAUUUCUUUUACUUCACUCUGCUGACUGUGGUUUAUCUGGGAUGUAGUGCCUUUGUCAUCACAUGUCAUUACCGCAAUCAAAGAGCACAGGAGGAGACUACGGAAGUAGCUAUAGCCACUGAACUUAGUCCCAUGUCAACGACUGAUAGUGAAGGCACAACGGCACUUAAUGGAGCCACCAUUAAGACAUGAGAUUCGAAGGAAUUGUGCCUACAGGUGGAGUUUCUCCAUCUCUUAAACUGUUACUUCAAAAUCAGAAAAUUUUAUUAUUUUGAGUAGCCUUUGUUUUAUUAUUUUAUGUAUGUCCUAUUUUUAGGAAUAGCAUUCAAUUAUUAUUUUUUUUUUGUAAACCUCAUCAAAUUCUAAUUACAUUUUGUGGAAUGUAAAUAUAAUGGUUGAGGUUGUCAUUAGGAUGGAAUAUGCCAAUGGAAAAUGUAGUCUUGGAUUGAGAUUAUUGUAAGGAAUGUUUGAAAACCAAACAUGGCAAGUUUUGCUUUCUAACCUCUGAUAGGAUUACUUUUUGCAGGCAAAAGUAUUAUUUGCAGUUAAUUACUGAAAUUUAAAUAAUUACUACUGUACAGCCUUUAGUUAUAGUUCUCUAAAUUGAUUGGCCAAGCAGUUAUCAAGGAAUGCUGAUAUUUGUUAUAUGUCCUUAUAUCUAAUUAUAUGAUUGCUCUUCAGUGGAAGCUGGUAGGGGUGGGUGAAUUUUAUUAAUUUUUUUUUGAAGUGAGGACCAUUUUUGUCAGUGUUUUCUUUAUCUCCUGGAUAGCUCAGUGUGGGUUUCUGCUCACCAGUAACACUAGUAUAACAGAAUGUUACGAACAGGGAUUGAUUCAUAAACACUUCACUUCUGUGCAUUGCUUAUUGAUGACACAAAGUUUGAUGCUUUAGCGCUUUUGGAAAUAUUUGCCGUUGUCGAAGGAACAAAAUAUGUGAAUGAACAUGUUUUGAUGGAAAUGUAAGUUACUCAGUGUUAAUUUUAUAGAACAUUUAUAAAAGAAAUACCACACAAAGAUAAUAAGAUUGUUCAAAGGACACUUGCUUAGUUCUGCUGUAUUUUAAAAUAAUUACUACUGUUUUUUUAUUAUGAAUAUUUUAUAGUGUGAUCACAUUAGGAAUUCCAGACCAUGUCUAAUUACAAAUAAAUUACCAAUACCAAGUAAUUUUCA